AGUCUCACCCCCCUCCCUGUGACCAGAAAAGAAGAUGCAGCAAUGGCAGAUCUGUUCAGUUGUCAAAAUAAAAUCUCAAGUUUUAUAAAAAUCUGUACUUAUUAUGGCAGUAACAUGACAAUAAUUCGUAUGCAAAAUAAAAAUAUACUAUUGUUCCGGUAAUUUUUUAGUGUAUUCUACUAUUUGGGUAUUUUUAAUGACAUUCAUCAGGAAUGAAAGUAUUUUGGAAGAGUUUAAGACUUAAAUAUAUUUUUAUUUGUAUUUUCAUUACUUUUGGUAUUUCUUGUUUGAUAGGCAUCACUCCGAUCAGCAUUGAUCAAGACAUUUUUUUAGAUGAAUGCAAAUGUGAUGCCAAUGGAACAUCCAACCAUUAUGGAAGUCAUAGAAUAAUGAAUAAUAAGUCAAGGAAAUCGAAACAUCGUCUAGCUAUUCUUGUGCCAUUUAGAGAUCGGUUUGAAGAGUUAUUAAUAUUUGCACCACAUAUGCAAAAGUUCCUUGCUAAACAAGAUUUAGAUUACCACAUAUUUAUAUUGCAUCAGAUUGACAGAUAUAGAUUUAAUAGAGCAUCUCUUAUAAAUGUUGGAUUUUUAGAAGUUAAGAAAGACUUCGAUUAUAUAGCAAUGCAUGAUGUAGAUUUGCUGCCAAUGAAUAAUGAACUGUUAUACAAUUAUCCUGAAAAAGGUCCAUUUCAUGUAUCAUCACCAGAACUACAUCCAAGAUAUCAUUAUCCCACGUUUGUUGGUGGAAUAUUACUUGUAAACAGAGGCCAUUUUACUUUGGUUAAUGGAAUGUCAAACAAGUAUUGGGGAUGGGGAUUAGAAGAUGAUGAAUUUUAUGUUCGGCUUAAAGAAGCAGGCCUAAAAGUAACUAGGCCACAAAAUGUAUCCACUGGAACACAAAAUACUUUCAAACAUAUACAUGAUAGAAGUCAUCGAAAAAGGGAUAUGACUAAAUGCUUUAAUCAGCGUGAAGUCACAAGAAAAAGAGAUCGUCAGACUGGACUCAAUAACGUCUCCUAUAAAUUAACAGGUACUAUUAAAAUGACGAUUGCUGAUACAGCAUUGACUGUUUUAAACAUUUCUCUUAUGUGUGAUAAAUCUAUUACGCCUUGGUGCGAAUGUGAUAAAAUGGAUGGUCCUACAGAAGUAAAACAGAAAGAAAGAAAGAGGAGUGAGUCUAUGUAAAUUAGCCACUAAAUUUCACCUGUAUCCACCAAUAUUGUUUCAAAUACAAUCUAAAGUAUAAACAAGAUAA